AGUGUCCAGGUGGCUCAGUCUCACCGGCUCACAGAAAACUUAGCUCGUCAGCGAUCAGACACUAAUCACCAAAUCGAUCCCAGAAAACACCAACAACCAAGAAGCAAACAGCCCAUUCUAGAUUCAGCAAUCCACCAACCCUGCUCCCAAAAUUCCCCAAAUCCCAACUCAUCUUUUACCCCGACACCACGCCACACCAGACAUCGACCUGCCUCACCUCUCCACUCCUCCAGCACCAGCACCAGCACCAGACCAGCACCAGCACGCACGCACCCACUCAGAAAUCGAGCAGGGAAGGAGAUUCCCAGAGAAAGCGAGCAAGUGCGCAUCGAAAGCAGCAAUCUUUGUCAAAACAAGCGAACCCCAGUGACCAGCAGGAGCAGGAGUAGGAGUAGGCGCAGCAGAGCACACUCCCAAUGGGGAGCAGGAGCAGAGGAGGGUGUGGGAGCAGCUUGCUCAUCCCUCUCCUCUUCCUCCUCCUCUUCCUCCUCCCCAAUCUUAACCAUUCGUCGGUUGUGGUGUCGGCGGCGGCGGGGCGCGACGAGCCGUACGUGGGCGUGACGAUCGGCACGGCGGUGACCAACCUGCUGUCGCCGUCGGACCUCGCGGCAUUCCUCCGCGCGCAGCGCAUCACCCGCGUGCGCCUCUACGACGCCGACCCGCGCCUCCUCUCGGCGCUGGCCUCAUCCGGCGUGCGCGCCAUCGUCGGGGUCCCCAACGACGAGCUCCUCGCGCUGGGCUCAUCCCCGGCCACGGCCUCCGCAUGGGUCGCCCGCCGCGUGCUCCCCUUCGCGGGCGUCAACUCCACCACUCCAAACAUAAUCUCCGCCAUCGCCGUGGGCGACGAGGUCCCGACCGCGCUGCCGUCCGCGCUCCCCGUCCUGCUCCCGGCCAUCCAGUCCCUCGCCGCCGCGCUUGCCGCCGCCAACCUCUCCUCCAUCCCGGUGUCCACCCCGCUGCCCUUCUCCGUCGUGCUCGACCCGUUCCCACCGUCACAGGCCUUCUUCAACCAGUCCCUCGCCAAGUCCUUCCUCCUCCAGCUGCUCGCCCACCUCGCCAACACCUCGGCGCCGCUCAUGCUCAACCUGUACCCCUACUACUCGCUGAUGCAGAGCAAAGGCGUGAUCCCGCUCGACAACGCGCUGUUCCGGCCGCUGCCGCCGUCGCUGGAGAUGGUGGACCCCAACACGCUGCUCCACUACACCAACGUGUUCGACGCCAUGCUCGACGCCGUGCACGUCGCCGUCAAGAACCUCAACGCCACCAGCGUCCCCAUGCUGGUCACCGAGACCGGAUGGCCGUCGUACGGCGACCGCAAGACCGAGCCGUACGCGACCAAGGACAACGCCGACGCGUACAACUCCAACCUGAUCAAACACGUCAUGGAGGACAAGCCCGGCACGCCGAUGCAGCCCGGCGCGCAGGCCAGCGUGUUCAUCUACGAGCUGUUCAACGAGGACCUCCGGUCGGGCCCCAUAUCGGAGGCGAACUGGGGCCUCUUCUACGGCAACGGCACGCCGGUGUACCUGCUCCACGUGUCCGGGGCCGGCGGGUUCCUGGCCAACGACACGACGGACCGCACGUUCUGCGUGGCGGCGGACGACGCGGACGAGAAGGCCGUGCAGGCGGCCAUGGACUGGGCGUGCGGGCCCGGGCGCUCCGACUGCACGGCGAUCCAACCCGGGGAAAGGUGCUACGAGCCCAACGACGUGCGGAGCCACGCGUCGUACGCGUUCGACGCGUACUACCAGUCUCAGGGCCGGGCCGCCGGGUCCUGCUACUUCCAGGGCGCCGGCAUGGUCACCACCAUCGAUCCAAGUCAUGACAGCUGCAUAUUUCCUGGAAGCAAGCUGCUGAGCAACGUCACCAGAUCUGGUGGCUCAAACACCACGGCGCAGACGAGCGACGCUGAGGGAUCCGCGAUUUGGAGACUAAGAACCGGAAGGGGGAAAGGGUUCUUGCUCUUCCUUCGGUUGCUGCUGAGCAUUGCGGUGGUUAUCGUGACGGAUUCCAACUUUUGGACAUGACAAGAGCACAUGUUGAUUGUAACAAAACCUGAAAAUUUUGGGAGGCAAGUUAGAGGACUGGGGUAGGUUUAUGUUUAGUGAUUCUUUAUUGUUAGAUAAGCAUCAAUAAAUUAUUCUUUUUUUUCUUCAGCUAAUGAAGUGUGUAUGAUCUGCUGAAAUCUCUCAACGUUUCGGUCUACAGAAAACAGAUGUAGAAAAUUUGCGUGAACGAUGAUGUCAACACAAGACGAGCACUACCGUCUUCAUUCAUGCCACAGCGCAGACUAGGGAGGAUUGCGAAACUAGGACUGGGCAGAAUAUGCCGGGAAGGUUUGUACUUUGUACUAACUGUGAUUCUGUGAAACAAAGGACC